GUCCGCAUUCCAUGCCUAAGUUGGUGCAGAGGCGUCUAUAUAAGCAGCUAGGAUCAAGAGGGCACGCACAUCCUCCGCUUGCAUCUCUAAUUCCCUACAAGCACAAAGGAAUAUUUAUUCCUUAGCUCCACAAUCUGUAGGCAUCGGCAGGUACGCAGCAUGAUACAUUUUAGAAUCCCAUGUCUGAAUCUCGUUCCAGUCCUUAAUCUCUUCAUCCUAGUGUCAUCUUUAGCUCUCAUCAGCAGUCAAAAUGAAACUGACAAAGAACGACAAGCUCUUCUAUACUUCAAGUCCCGGCUAUCAGAUCCAGCCGGAGCCUUAUCCUCAUGGAGCAAAGCAUACCAUGAUUUCUGCAACUGGCAUGGUGUAAGUUGCGGCACACAGUCUCCUCACCAUGUUACUUCACUAGACCUCCCUUCUGAAGGCCUCACUGACUCUUUACCAUCUUGUAUAGCCAACCUUACCUCACUUAAGAGACUGCAGUUGUCAAAUAACAGCUUCCAUGGCUCCAUACCUCCCGAGCUCGGUCUCCUAACCCAGCUCACCUAUCUCAACCUCAGCUUGAAUUCUCUGAAUGGUGGGAUCCCAUCUGCGAUCUCAUCCUGCAUGCAACUUCAAGUCCUCGACCUAUCGAACAACUCCCUCAAAGGUGAUAUCCUACCAACCUUAAGUCAAUGCAAAAACAUUCAAAUGAUAAAUCUUAGUAAUAACAAGCUGCAAGGGAGCAUCCCAGCUGCUUUUGGGAUGCUCCAGAAGCUCCGAACCCUGAUCCUAGCAGGCAACAGUCUAUCAGGGUCAAUACCACCAUCCUUGGGCAGCUCAUCUCUAGUACAUGUUGAUCUCGGAAGAAAUUUUCUGUCCGGUGGAAUUCCUGAGUCCUUGGUGAAUAGUUCUCUCCAAGUACUUAGGCUCAUGAGCAACAGGCUCACUGGGAAGCUCCCAGAGGCUCUCUUCAAUAGCUCAUCGCUUACCACAAUUUGCCUUCAACAGAACAUUUUUGUUGGUUUUAUACCACCUGUUGCUUCCAUCUCUUCCCCUUUGAAGUACCUUAGUUUACAAGAGAAUAAUCUCUCAGGAUUAAUUCCUCUAUCGUUAGGGAAUCUCUCUUCUCUGGUUUUUCUGUCUCUUCAGCAGAACAAUCUGAUCGAGAGCAUCCCAGAAAGCUUAGGCAACAUUCGGAAACUACAGGUAUUGAGAUUGACCGCCAACAAACUGUCUGGUCUUGUACCACCGUCGCUCUUCAACAUCUCGUCACUGAAAUUUCUUGGCCUGGGCAGUAACUUAUUACUUAGUGGAAGAUUACCCUCUAACAUUGGCAUCACACUUCCGAAUAUUCAGACAUUAGUACUCAUGUCAAACAGAUUUUAUGGCACGAUCCCUGAUUCUCUUCUCAAUGCAUCACACCUGGAGAAGAUAUAUAUAGCUUUCAAUAUGCUGACCGGUCUUGUGCCAUCAUUUGGAUCAUUGCCAAACUUGGAGGUUCUUGAUGUUGGUGGAAAUAUGCUGGAAUCAGGUGACUGGAGUUUCCUCUCCUCCCUCUCAAAUUGCACUAGACUGACUCAUCUCAUGCUUGACUCGAAUAAUCUCCAAGGAAAUUUGCCAUUAUCGAUUGGUAAUCUUCCAAAUAGUAUUAAGAAUCUUUGGAUCAGAGACAACAAAAUUUCUGGGCCAAUUCCCUCGGAGAUAGCCAAUCUGGAAAACCUCAUAGAAUUAUAUAUGGGCUACAAUCUUCUCAACGGUAGCAUACCACCAACUAUUUUACACUUGCAUGGCUUGGUUAGACUUGGAAUUGCACGAAACAAACUUUCUGGCCAAUUGCCACACGAUAUUGGGAGACUUAGUCAGCUGAAUGAGCUCCACUUAGAUCAAAACAACUUGACUGGAAGUAUACCUGCUAGCUUUGGGAACUGCACGCAGCUACAGAAAUUGAACCUUUCUCACAAUUCACUAGCUGGGAGUAUACCAAGCAAUCUCUUAUGAAUUUCUUCGCUUUCAAUAUAUCUGGACC